CUGGAUAAUUAAGCUCUUUGACUGACAGCAGAGUGCCAAAAGGCGCAGACGAAUUCCGAUUGGCCAGAGCGAACUUUACAAUCUCCUCUUGUUUCUAAGCUGAGCGCAGGCAGAGCGCUUUUCCUCCGCAAACACUGGCCGAGAGUAUAACACGCAACAGAGGUGCUCGGAGGGGCUGAAAGCUACGAGUUCACCCAAGCAAGAAGAUCGAUCUGCACAGUGCGGCUUUGUUUCGUAUUUGUUUACUGUAAUAACUUUGAGUUUGUAGUUGAAGUGACGCUCGAAUCAUCCGUGCGUGCGAGCCGUACCGAGCCGUACCGAACUGCUUUUAUUGUGCUGUGGCCAAAAAGAAAGCAUGACUUCUGCUCCUGUGUCGCUGUUGAGAAUGAUCCGUCUGGCGGUGACAGUGGCGCUCAUAUCGUCGUGUAGUGCGUCAGAGUACGAGUACCUCAGCUGGAAGUCGGACAUGUACAACGGCGGACGAAGCUACGGCAAGCCUCCCCAGUGCGUUGACAUCCCGGAGGACUUGCGGCUCUGUCACAACGUAGGCUAUAACCAGAUGCUGUUGCCCAACCUAUUGGAGCACGAAACCAUGGCCGAGGUGAAGCAGCAGGCCAGCAGCUGGGUGCCACUGGUGCACAAGAACUGCCACCCAGGCACGCAGGUCUUCCUCUGCUCGCUGUUUGCACCCGUGUGCCUGGAGAGGCCCAUCUAUCCGUGCCGCUGGCUGUGCGAGGCCGUGCGGGACGGCUGCACCCCCAUCAUGGAGUCGUUUGGCUUCCCCUGGCCGGAGAUGCUCACCUGCGACAAGUUUCCCCAAGAUGAUGUGUGCAUCGCCAUGCCGCAGCCUAACGCCACCGAGGCCACCCAGCCGACAGGUUACUCUCCCAUCUGCCCACCAUGUGACAAUGAAAUGAAAACAGAUGCCAUGCUGGAGCACAUGUGUGCCAGCGAGUUCGCUUUCAAAACCAAGAUCAAGGAGGUGACACGGGAAAACAUGGACCGGAAGGUGAUCUUGCAGAAGAGGAAGAAGAUGUUGAAAGCGGGAAACCUGAAGAAGAAGGACAUGAAAACACUGGUGCUGUACUUAAAAAACGGCGCAGACUGCCCCUGCCAGCAGCUUGAUAACUUGGGCAACCAGUAUUUAAUCAUGGGCCGCAAGGUGGAUCAGCAGUACCUCCUCACGGGCAUACACAAGUGGGACAAGUCCAGCAAAGAGUUCAAACAGGCCAUCAAGAAACUCAAAACAUACAAAUGUUCCUCAUUUGACAAUGUCUUCUAAUGAUAAGCCCUUCACCUCCACAACACACACACGCAUAUAUGCACAUGCACACACGUUCUUUGGUCCCAUUGCAUCCUACAUAUGACUUAGACAGGCGAUCAAAUCCAAAAGGGUCACUCCUGUUUUCCUGUUUAUAUAAAUAUAUAUAGCUUUGUAUUUUAAAAAUAUACAUGUCCAUUUUUUAUUUUUAGCUUAAUGAGGUGAGUGACAAUACUACAAAGGAAGGGUUCGGAUCGCUUUUCUUCUUCUGCUUCAGAAAAGAACAAUAUAAUUCCCCCUGAAACCAAGUUGACUUAACGUGAGAUACUCCGUUACACUCCUACAUCCACAGGUCUGUGGAUUCUUUCGAUGAUUGUUUUGGUUGUUAUUAGGGCUGUCAGCAUUAACUGCUUCAUCGCGAUCAAUUAAGGUCUGAAAUAAAUGCAUUCUUUUUUUAUCCCGAUUAAUCUCAUGCUAAUUUGUCCGUUUAGGCUCACCAUAGAUAAUCCUCCUCAGUGUCUCCCUGUAGUCUCAGUGAUGUAAAAGCAGGACACUGCUGCAUCUUUGAAUGUCUCAUUUCACUUUAACAAACUCUCAGACAGC